AUGCUGUGUGUCGGUGACCUGCCUCGUUACUACAGCACGUCUCAGUACAGCCUACUGAGCAGCAGUAUGGAACAAGGUUUGGGGAACAGAGCAGCGUCUACCAGUCCCUACAGCUCAGAGACCACCUCCAACGUGCCAACGCCGUCACCCUACUCCCAGCCAAACUCGACCUUCGAGGCCAUGUCUCCAGCCCCGGCCAUCCCCUCCAACACUGACUACCCCGGGCCGCACAACUUCGAGGUCACCUUCCAGCAGUCGAGCACCGCCAAGUCAGCCACCUGGACGUACUCUCCGUUGCUCAAGAAGCUGUACUGUCAGAUCGCCAAGACCUGUCCGAUUCAGAUCAAACUGGCUUCCUCGCCCCCAAACGGCAGCGUGAUACGAGCCAUGCCCAUCUACAAGAAAGCCGAACACGUCACAGAGGUGGUCAAACGCUGUCCUAACCAUGAACUCGGACGGGACUUCAAUGAAAGUCAGACAGCUCCUGCCAGUCACUUGAUUCGGGUGGAGGGCAAUAAUCUGUGUCAGUAUGUGGAUGAUCCUGUGACGGGCCGGCAGAGUGCUCUCGCUCCGUAUGAGGCUCCACAGGUGGGGACUGAGUCCACAACCAUUCUGUAUAAUUUCAUGUGCAACAGCAGUUGUGUCGGGGGAAUGAACCGCAGGCCCAUCCUCAUCAUCAUCACGCUGGAGACACGAGACGGACAGGUUCUCGGCAGGCGUUCGUUUGAGGGCCGGAUUUGUGCCUGUCCCGGUCGAGACCGCAAAGCAGACGAGGAUCAUUUCAGGGAGCAACAGGCUCUAAAUGAGAGCGUUGCCAAAAAUGGAAAUGCCAAUAAACGAAAUUUCAAACAGACUCCAGCCAACAUUACAGGCCCUUCAUUUGUGCGAGGCCGGGAAAACUUUGACAUCCUAAUGAAGAUAAAGGACAGUUUGGAACUUGUGGAGUUUGUACCACAACAGUUAGUGGAUUCAUACAGACAACAACAACAGCAGCUCCUACAGAGACAGAGUCAUGUGGCCUCUCCGUGUUCAUAUGGCACACUCAAUAACAUGAAUAAGACCCACGGGCCCAUCAGCAAGCUUCCCUCAGUGAAUCAGCUCGUGACACAGCAGACUCAGCAGAGCGCAGGACCCUCUGCGUCAAUGUCACAUAUGGGUACGAACAUGCUGGGUGGACACCACAUGCAGUCGAACGGAGAUGUGAAUGGAGCUCAUGCGUCUCAGUCUAUAGUGUCCACCUCUCACUGUACCCCUCCCCCACCUUACAACCCCGACCCCAGUCUCGUCAGUUUCUUAACCAGCCUGGGCUGCCAAAACUGCAUCGACUACUUCACGUCACAGGGACUCCAGAGUGUCUACCACCUUCAGACUCUUUCCAUGGAGGACCUUGGGGCACUGAGGAUCCCUGAGCAGUUCCGGCUGGCGAUCUGGAGGGGCCUGCAGGACAUGAAGCAGGGCCACGAUUACGGCCAGCAGCUCAUCCGCUCCGGCAGUAACAUGGCCACCAUGGCCCUCGGCGCCGGAGGAGAGCUGCAGCGGCAGCGCGUCAUGGAGGCCGUGCACUUCAGAGUGCGUCACACCAUCACCAUCCCCAACCGCAGCGCCCCCACAGGAGCAGAGGAGUGGGCUGACUUCGGCUUCGACAUGCCCGACUGCAGGUUACACAAGCACUCCAUUAAGGAGGAGUUCGCAGAAAGUGACGUCCACUGAGAAGGGCCGCGCAUCCAUCGCUUUCCAUGCAUUGUCCGUAUUGAUUUCUUUAAACUGCGAUGGACAGUUUGCAUUUCCAUGUAGUAGCACUUCCAUAUUUGACAAAAAGGGAUUUGAGGAG